GCGCUCUUGCCUGUGCGGCAGACGUGUAUUUUGUCUGAGAGAGUUAUUUUCAAAACUUUCAAGAAGUGUUUGAAGUUUUGCUUUCGUGUCAGAGACAUCCCACAUUGGUCACGCUUGUACCACAAGAAAGAUACACGGAUACUAUGCCAGAGUAGUGUUGGUGUGAUAACAAGAUGUCGUUCCUGAAAGAGCCCACCAGAGGGGACUUACAGUCCUCCACCCAAGACUUCCUUCAGGAACGGAGUCACAGUACAGCUGUUUUAAGACAGCGAAGACGGAGUACUGUUGGACAGGUCCUACCAGCGGAAACAAUGAAAGAGAAACAGGCCAGGGCCAAAGAAAACAGGGAAUCACGACGGCAGCGCUUCGAUAAAGCUCACAAACAUGUUCUGACAAUUGUAGCCAAUUACCUGAAGCUGGACACAUCAGUCGUAGAGGAGUUUGUGUUGGACUCAGACAGGCACAUGACCCUUUUUGAUCGAUUCCUCAUGAAAAAUGGCUCCAAGAGUAUCAAGUUCUAUUACCAGGAAAUGGAUGUGCCCACUUUGGAAGAGUGUGGACGUGUGUAUCCCGGUGUUCCUAAAGGGGGUCGCACAAACAGACUUAUUGUCACAAGUGGAAAAGGCGAAAGUUUGUUUGGAGUUUGUGUGUACUUUCUGAAGUCCAGAACUGAGAUUGAACUUUCUGUCAAAAAUAUUCAUGAGGAAAUCACAUCUGGUGUGUUGGAUCCAAGCAAAGAAGGCUUACUGGGAGCUUUUGAAAUGGUGAUGAACAACAUCUACCAGCCUGCCUUGAAGAGACUUAAAGACUGGGGGGACAUGACAGAGUCCAAUCAUGGCAGGAAGAUAAAGAAACAGUUCCUGGAUAACUGUGACAACUUUCUGGCAUAUCUAAGAAGUGCUCAGAUGCAUGUUGAAGAAGUGGUGCAACUGGUUGAUUGUGACAAAGUGGACAUACAAGGAAUCAAGUCUGUCAGUGACUGUGUGCAGGCUGCAGCUAACCCUGAUAUUGUAUCAGUUCUAGAAGAUCUAGCCCUUGCCUGGUGCAAACAGAUUGAACAGAUUUUGGCUGAGAGUGAUCAGAUGAGAAAGGAAGCUGAUGAUACUGGCCCUCUAGCUGAGUUGGAACACUGGCGGCAAAUGAUGGCUCGCUUCAAUGCCCUCCUGGAGCAGAUCAAGAGUCACAAGUGUCGUAUGGUCAUCAACAUCAUCCACAUUGCAAAGUCAAAGGUCCUCAAGAAAUGGAAGGAUUUGGACAAGAGAAUCACAGACAAUGCCAAUGAGGCAAAGGAUAACGUCAAGUACCUUUACACAUUAGAAAAAUACUGUGAGCCUCUGUACAGAUGUGACCCUGUUUCAAUGAUUGACUAUCUGCCUGGGCUGAUCAAUGCCAUCCGAAUGAUACAUAACAUUUCCCGAUACUACAAUACGUCAGAGAGGAUGACUUCACUCUUUAUAAAGGUGACCAAUCAAAUGGUGAAUGCUUGUAAGACAUUCAUCACUGAUGAUGGCAUGUACAGGAUCUGGGAGCAGCCUCGUCAGGAGUUGUUCAUGAGGCUAGAAAGCUGUGUGAAGCUGUACAAGACCUACCAGUCAGCUUUCCAGCGUACCAAACAGAAGAUAGAAGACACACCAGGAGAGAAGCCCUUUGAAUUCUCAGAGAUGUACAUCUUUGGAAAGUUUAACACUUUCUGUAAGAGAUUGGAAAAGAUCAUUACACUACUGAGGCACACAGAUGCUUUCUCAACUCUAUCCGAGUCAAAGAUUGAAGGAAUAGAGCCUUUUGCUGCUCGUUUCCAGCAAAUACUUGGUACUAUCAAGAAGAAACCUUAUGAUAUUCUCGACCAAAGAAAAGUUGAUUUUGACAAUGACUUUGAAGACUUCUGCAGACUGGUAGGAGAGCUAGAGAUAAAUAUCCAAACAUUCAUGGAUGGCUGUUUCAAAAGAGUGAGCUCUACCAUCAUGGCUCUGGAACUCCUCACAAGCUUUGAGAAACUGAACAUUGCAAAGCUGAAUAUUGAAGAGAAAUAUUCAUCAAUACUGGCAAAGUAUGGAGAAGAGAUUGAAGAUAUACGCAAGCUGUAUCAGAAAUAUCGGGAUGACCCCCCAGUCCCCAGAAACAUGCCACCUGUAGCAGGGAGAAUCGUCUGGAUCCGCCAGCUGUUUCAGCGCAUAAAUGAUCCCAUGAACAUUUUCAGGGUACAUCCAACUUGCUUGGCUUCAGAGGAUGCCAGGAAAAUCAUUAGGAACUACAACAGAGUGGCCAAGGUACUGGUGGAGUAUGAAAUACUCUACCAUUCUGCUUGGGUGAAGUCUGUGGAACUAGCUAAUGGAUAUUUACAAGUUCCUCUGCUAGUCCGCAACCCCACAACAGACACUUUUUUGACCAACUUUGAUCCAUAUAUCUUUGAGGUGAUCAAGGAAGCUGAAUAUAUGCUAAAACUUGACUUGGACGUUCCUGAUGCUGCCAAGUUGCUCAUUCACUCUACAGAGCAGCUCCGUACAAAUCUCACCCAGAUACAGAUGCUGCUUGAUGAAAAUACAUCCUUGAGAUCCCAAAUACCCAGCAUUUUCCUUGUCUUGUUGGGCCCGUCGCUGAAAAAGGUUGAUAGAGCCAUGCAGCCAGGACUUGUGUCACACUGUUGGACCUCACUCAGUCUACCUCAGUUCACUGCUCAAGCCUAUUCUGCCUUGAAAGAUUUAUGCCUGGUUGUCAAAGAGGUGAAUGACAUCAAAGUGACUCGAAUUGACAAGAUCCUGACAGAUGUGUGUGAGAGUCUCCUGUGUGAUCUCCCAGACAGAACCCCAUGGGCAUUGAAAGAGUUUCUACACAUCAUGGAGGGCUACUGUGAAAGAACAGCCCUGGACUUGAAUAGGCUAAGUCAGUCAGUAGAAGAUUCAGUGAUUGAACUGAUCCGGAUCUUUAUGAACAAGGCCAAACUUGAAGGCUCUUCCUUCACGUUUGAUGGACCAGAAGAAGAUGUGAACUUGGAUGGUGAGGUUCUGCUGAGUAUUCCAGAAGAUACUGCAAGUCGUGAUUCUGAAAUAAAGCGAGAGGAGUUUGAGAUUAGCACUGAGCAACAGAUCAAGGAGGCUUGUGAGGAGCUGUUUGAACAUUUCAACCACAGACUGCUUGAUGCUCUGCUCCGUGCUACCAGACAUUCACUUGAUGUCAUGCGCAAGAGAUUCUUCUCUGGUGGUCGACGCCAUAGCUUGAGUCACUUUGAGGACACGAAAAGUUCAGUUCAGGAGCACAGAGCCUCUUUCUUUACAGCAGAUAUCACUCUAGCCAUCCCAAAUGUUGUAAUGCAUCCAAGCCUGGAUGACCUUCAACAGGCUCUUAACAAGGCUACGCAGUUUGUAUUGGACGUCACCAAAGGUGUUGAACAGUGGACCAGAUAUAAGCAGGGCAUAGCUAGCCUCCUCAAUCCCUAUACAACAGAAGACAGCAGUGGGGAAAACACCCAACAAGUGAAGUUUGCCUCAGCUAAGAAGAACUACUACAAGAAUGUAGUUGACAACAAGGAUAUAGCCAAGUAUGUGAUGAUGUUGUCGUCUGCCACCAGCAACCUGAGGCCGGAGGUGUCUCUGGCCUUGCAGAGAUACACAGACUUCUCCUUCCUAUGGGAGCAGGACCGAGACCAGUCCGUGGCCGAAUUUUUGUCAACAGAUCCCAUUAUUUCGGAGUACAAGGCUAAAAUAGCCAUGUUUAAGAAGCUGGAAAUUUCCAUUGAAGACAUCAAUGCAUCAGAAGUUGUUGGACCUAUAGAACUCUUCACUGAACCCCUGAAACUGGCACUGAGCGUUGAAAUCAAAGCCUGGAAGCAGUUGUUUGGGAAAGAGUUGAAUAACAAAUACCGUGACAAGAUGGAGGACAUCCUGGUGUUUGUGGAGGAGUACACUAAGAGACUGAUGCGACCAAUCAGAGACCUUGAUGAUGUCAGACAGGCCAUGAUAGCACUUGCAGACAUCCGAGAAAAUCACAUCAGGAUCGACAUGUCGCUUGGACCUAUUGAGGAGUCAUACAAUCUGCUUCAAGACUUUGAAGUUAUUGUUUACAAAGAGGAAAAUGACAAGGUGGAUUCUCUUCGAUAUUCCUUCCAAAAGGCCCUCAGUAAAGCUAGUCAGGUGCAAGAUGAACUUGUGAAUGUACAACCAGGCUUCAAGACAGAGCUGCUGACGUCGGUUGAAGUGUUUCAUGUUGAUGUGGAGAGCUUUGAGGAAAGAUAUUCAACUGGAGGCCCUAUGAUUGAAGGAAUAUCUCCAUCAGAAGCCAAUGAUAGACUACAGUGUUUCCAGAAUCAGUUUGAUGAUUUGUGGAGCAAGUUCUCUAUCUACUCAGCUGGGGAGCAGCUGUUUGGCCUGACAGUCACAGACUACCCAGCUCUUGUCAAGGUGAAAAAGGAGUUGAAUCUGCUGCAGAAACUGUAUGGACUCUACAACACGGUCAUGACCCUCAUUAAUGGAUAUUUUGACAUUCUUUGGAUAGAAGUUGACAUUGAAAAAAUCAAUUCAGAAUUGUUGGAUCUUCAGAACAGAUGUCGCCGCCUCCCUAAAGGUCUGAAAGAUUGGCAGGCAUUUUUAGAGUUGAAGAAGAAGAUCGAUGACUUCAGUGAGUCGUGUCCCCUGCUGGAGCUGAUGGCUAACAAAGCUAUCAAGGAAAGACACUGGGACCGAAUAGCAAAACUUACAGGACACACAUUUGACUUUGACUCAGACAACUUUGCACUAAGAGACAUCAUGAAGGCUCCUCUGCUCAAAUACAAGGAGGAAAUUGAAGAUGUGUGCAUCUCGGCUGUGAAGGAGAAGGACAUUGAAGCAAAACUAAAGGCAGUGAUCAGUGACUGGAAUGGACGAAAUCUCAGUUUUUCCAACUUCAAAUCUCGAGGGGAACUCCUACUGAAGGGAGGUGAAACGGGUGAGAUCAUCUCUUUCCUGGAGGACAGCUUGAUGAUUCUCAGCUCACUACUUAGCAACAGGUACAAUGCACCCUUCAAGAAAACCAUCCAGAAAUGGGUUGGUAAUCUUUCUAAUACAACAGACAUUCUGGAGAACUGGAUGACUGUACAGAAUCUCUGGGUGUACCUGGAAGCUGUCUUUGUUGGGGGAGAUAUUGCCAAACAACUGCCUCAGGAAGCCAAGCGGUUUCAGAAUAUAGACAAGUCGUGGGGCAAGAUCAUGCAGCGCGCUCAUGAGGGCACCAAUGUCGUUCAGUGUUGUGUUGGUGAUGAAACCAUGGGACAACUUCUACCCCAUCUGCUGGAACAGCUGGAGCUGUGUCAGAAAUCUCUCACAGGGUACCUGGAGAAAAAGAGGUUGGUGUUUCCCAGGUUUUUCUUCAUCUCAGAUCCUUCCUUGCUGGAAAUUCUUGGACAAGCAAGCGAUUCUCACACAAUUCAGUCUCACCUGCUGGGGGUGUUUGAGAAUGUCAAUGAAGUGGCGUUCCAUGAGAAGGACUAUGACAGAAUCAUGGCUGUUGUUUCCAAAGAGGGUGAAAAAAUCAUGCUGGAAAAAGUGGUGCAAGCUCAGGGAAAUGUUGAGGUAUGGCUUGGAGAUUUGCUGAAAGAACAGAUGAAAUCACUUCAUGGUGUUAUCAGAGAUGCUUUCAGGACCAUCAAUGCACCUGAGUUUGAACUUCUAGAAUUUCUCAACUCAGUGCCUGCUCAGGUUGGCCUGCUGGGUAUCCAGAUGUUGUGGACCAGGGAUGCAGAGGAUGCUCUGAAAGUGGCCAGAUCAGACAAGAAGAUGAUGCCAACCACCAACCAGAAGUUCCUUGAUCUCCUCAAUAAACUCAUCGAGCAGACAACUCAUGACUUGACCAAGGUGGAGAGAAUCAAGUAUGAGACUCUUGUCACUAUCCAUGUGCAUCAGCGGGACAUCUUUGAUGAUCUGGUGAAACUUCAUAUCAAGACACCUUCUGAUUUUGAAUGGUUGAAGCAAGCAAGGUUCUACUUCAAGGAGGAGAUUGACCUGUGUAUUGUACAGAUCACUGAUGUAGACAACACCUACCAGAACGAGUUUCUUGGUUGUACUGACAGACUGGUCAUCACCCCUCUCACUGACAGGUGUUACAUCACACUAGCCCAGGCUCUUGGGAUGUCUAUGGGAGGUGCCCCAGCAGGACCUGCUGGAACUGGCAAGACAGAGACAACUAAAGACAUGGGCAAAGCUCUGGGCAAAUAUGUCGUUGUGUUUAACUGCUCUGAUCAGAUGGACUUCAGAGGACUUGGACGUAUCUACAAAGGUCUAGCACAGUCAGGAUCCUGGGGAUGUUUUGACGAGUUCAACAGAAUUGAGCUGCCUGUGUUGUCCGUUGCGGCCCAACAGAUCUACAUUGUCCUCACAGCCAAGAAGGAACGGAAGAGGGAGUUCAUCUUUACUGAUGGAGACAAUGUGGAACUCAAUCCAGAGUUCGGAAUUUUCCUUACAAUGAACCCUGGUUAUGCAGGUCGACAGGAGCUGCCAGAAAAUUUAAAAGUACAGUUCAGAACAGUUUCUAUGAUGGUUCCAGACAGACAGAUCAUCAUGAGGGUGAAAUUGGCUGCAUGUGGUUUCAUAGAAAAUAUCAUCUUGGCCCAGAAGUUCUACACUCUCUACAAGCUGUGUGAAGAACAGCUUUCCAAACAGGUUCACUAUGAUUUUGGUCUGCGGAACAUCUUGUCUGUUCUGAGAACACUUGGUGCACAGAAAAGGUCUCGGCCCAACGAUACAGAGAGUACGAUUGUGAUGAGAGUGUUGAGAGACAUGAACCUGUCCAAACUGGUUGAUGAGGAUGAACCUUUGUUCCUGAGUUUGAUUGCCGACUUGUUCCCGGGCAUUGUACUGGACAGUGCCUCAUAUGCUGACCUCCAGGUAGCCAUUGACAACCAAGUAAAUGAAAUGAUGCUCAUCAACCAUCCUUCCUGGAAUCUGAAAGUUGUUCAGUUGUUUGAAACUCAGCGUGUCCGUCAUGGCAUGAUGGCGCUGGGCCCCAGUGGGGCUGGCAAAUCCUGCUGUAUCCAUGUGUUGAUGAGAUCCAUGACUGACUGCGGCAACCCACAUCGGGAGAUGAGAAUGAACCCCAAGGCUAUCACAGCACCGCAGAUGUUUGGUCGACUUGAUGUUGCCACCAAUGACUGGACAGAUGGCAUCUUUUCAACACUAUGGAGAAGAACACUCAAAGCCAAAAAAGGUGAGAAUGUGUGGAUUGUUCUGGACGGUCCUGUUGAUGCAAUCUGGAUUGAGAAUCUGAACUCUGUGCUGGAUGACAACAAGACUCUCACCCUGGCCAAUGGUGAUCGUAUCCCCAUGGCCCCUAACUGCAAGGUGGUAUUUGAAGUACACAACAUUGACAACGCCUCCCCAGCUACUGUAUCUAGGAAUGGUAUGGUGUACAUGAGCAGCUCUGCUCUGGACUGGAAACCAAUCUUGCAGGGCUGGCUGCGAACAAGAAAUGCCCAGGAAGCAGAAAUUCUUCAAACUUUGUACGACAAGAUCUUUGAAGAUCUCUUCCUGUAUGUCAACCUCAACCUUUCUGCAAAGAUGGACACACUUCAGUGUAAUCAAAUAAGACAGUCGUCUGAUGUGCUCCAAGGCUUGAUCCCAAAGAAAGAUGACAAGGGUUGUCUGCCCUCUUACCACCUGGAGAGACUUUUCAUCUUUGCCCUGAUGUGGAGCCUGGGAGCCCUGCUGGAGCUGGAAGACCGAGUCAAAAUGGAGGCCUUCAUGGUGGCCCACUCCAGCAAACUUAGUCUGCCACCAUUUAAAGAAGGAGAAACUAUUUUUGAAUACCUUGUCAAUGAACAAGGUGAAUGGGAGCACUGGUCAAACCGUGUGGAAGAGUAUAUCUACCCGUCUGACAGCGUACCUGAGUUUGCAUCUAUUCUUGUUCCGAAUGUGGACAAUGUGAGAACCAACUUCCUCAUUGAAACAAUAUCCAAACAAAACAAGGCAGUGCUACUGAUUGGUGAGCAGGGUACAGCUAAGACUGUUAUGAUCAAGGGUUACAUGGCCAGGUAUGACCCUGAUGUUCACCUCGGCAAGAGUUUCAAUUUCUCCUCUGCUUCCACACCCAUGAUGUUCCAGAGAACAGUAGAGAGUUUUGUUGAGAAGAGGAUGGGCAGCACUUACGGCCCGCCAAGUGGUAGAAAGAUGACAGUGUUUGUGGAUGAUAUUAACAUGCCUACCAUCAAUCCAUGGGGAGAUCAGGUAACCAAUGAGAUCACCCGUCAGAUGAUGGAGAUGCAUGGCAUGUACAGUCUGGACAAGCCCGGAGACUUCCUGUCCAUCGUAGAUGUACAGUUUAUUGCAGCUAUGAUUCAUCCAGGCGGAGGUCGCAAUGACAUUCCUCAGAGACUCAAGAGACAGUUUUGUAUCUUCAACUGUACUCUGCCUUCAAACAGUUCCAUCGACAAGGUUUUUGGUAUCAUUGGUGAAGGCUAUUUCUGUACAAGCAGAUUUAACCCAGAGAUCUGUGAUGUCAUCAAAAUACUAGUUCCAUCUACCAGAAUUCUCUGGCAACAAACAAAGAUCAAGAUGCUGCCAACACCAGCCAAGUUUCACUACAUCUUCAAUUUGAGAGAUUUAUCCCGAAUCUGGCAGGGUAUGCUGACCAUUGCUGGUGCGGAGUGCCAGGCUACAGCUAUGGUACUGGCUCUGUGGAAACACGAAUGUACACGAGUCAUAGCUGACAGAUUCACCAAUGCAGAAGACAAGCAUUGGUUUGAAAGUGCCCUGAUGCAGGUGUUGCGGAACCAGGCAGGUGAUGAGGCUGUGAGCGUGACAGACCCAGAGCCCUACUUUGUGGACUUCCUCCGAGAAGAGCCGGAACCUACUGGAGAGGAGGAAGAUGAUGCUUCAUUAGAUGCACCCAAGGUGUAUGAAAAGAUUCCCAGCUACGGUUUCCUGAAUGACAAGCUACUGCAGUAUGUUAUGCAGUACAAUGAAAUAGUGAGAGGUGGCCAUCUGGAUCUAGUCUUCUUCAAAGAUGCCAUGGUGCAUCUUGUCAAGAUUUCUCGUAUCAUCCGUACCCCAAGAGGAGCAGCACUUCUUGUUGGUGUGGGAGGUUCAGGGAAACAGUCUCUUACCAGACUGGCCUCCUUCAUUGCCGGCUACAAGAUCUUCCAGAUCACACUUACCAGGUCGUACAAUGUGACGAAUCUGAUGGAUGACCUCAAGUUUAUGUACCGAGUGGCAGGAGGUAAUGGUCAAGGCAUUACGUUCAUCUUUACUGAUAAUGAGAUCAAGGAUGAAUCUUUCCUGGAAUACCUCAACAAUGUUCUCAGCUCUGGCGAGGUUUCCAACCUGUUUGCUCGCGAUGAACUGGAUGAGAUCACCCAAGAACUGAUAUCUGUGAUGAAGAAAGAGCAGCCCCGGCGACCUCCCACCCAGGAGAACCUGUAUGAUUACUUCAUCUCCAGAGCAAGGAACAAUCUACAUACAGUUCUCUGCUUCUCACCAGUAGGUGAGAAGUUCCGCAACAGAGCCCUAAAGUUCCCUGGUCUGAUAUCAGGGUGUACAAUGGACUGGUUCAGCAAGUGGCCCCGGGAUGCCCUGGUGGCUGUGUCUGGCCACUUCCUCAACAACUUCCCCAUGGAGACGUCUGAGGAGAUUAAGCAACAGGUGGUCAACACUAUGGGAGUUGUACACGACAACGUAGCUGCGGUCUGUGUGGAGUAUUUCCAGAGGUAUCGGAGACAGUCCCAUGUGACUCCCAAAUCAUACCUGUCCUUUCUGGAUGGGUAUAAGAAUGUGUACAAGGAGAAACACACAAUCAUUGGUGAGAUGGCUAGGAGAAUGAAUACAGGGUUGUCCAAGCUGAUUGAGGCAAGCGAGUCUGUCGACCUACUCAGCAAGGAGCUAGUCGUCAAGGAGAAAGAACUGGAAUUAGCCAACAAGAAGGCAGACAAGGUGUUGGAAGAGGUGACAGUCAGUGCGCAGGCUGCUGAGAAGGUCAAGGCUGAAGUACAGAAAGUCAAGGACAAAGCUCAGAAGAUUGUUGAUGAGAUCAACUCUGAAAAAUCUUAUGCUGAGGAGAAGCUGGAGGCAGCCAAACCUGCCCUGAAGGAGGCUGAGGUAGCACUGCAGACAAUCAAGCCAUCCGAUAUUUCCACAGUGAAGAAACUUGGUAAGCCUCCCCAUCUCAUCAUGAGGAUCAUGGACAGCGUGCUCAUCCUGUUCGGGAAGAGACUUGAUACUGUAACACCAGACCCAGAGAGAGCUUGUCCUAAACCAUCAUGGGGGGAGUCUCUCAAGCUUAUGAGUGGCUCUGGCUUUCUGACCAGCUUGCAGACCUUUGGUAAAGACACCAUUACAGGCGAGACUGUAGAGCUGUUGCAGCCCUAUUUGUCAAUGGAGGACUAUACAUUUGAGACGGCUAAGAAAGUGUGCAGCAAUGUGGCUGGUCUGUUGUCCUGGACCACAGCUAUGGCUUUCUUCUACGGUAUCAACAGAGAAGUUUUGCCACUGAAGGCUAACCUGGCCAAGCAGGCAGGACGGUUAGAUAUUGCCACAACAGAGCUGAACAAUGCCCAAGCGCAGCUAGAUGAUAAGCAGAGGGAAUUGGAUGUGGUGCAGGCACUCUAUGAUACAGCCAUGAAAGAAAAACAGGAACUGAUGGAUGAUGCUGAGUCUUGUCGAAGGAGAAUGACAGCAGCCUCAACUCUUAUUGGAGGUCUUGGAGGAGAAAAGACCAGAUGGACGUCUCAAAGCAAAGAGUUCAAGACUCAGAUUGACAGACUUGUCGGGGAUGUGGUUCUGUGUACUGGCUUUCUGUCCUACUCGGGGCCAUUCAACCAAGAGUUCCGCACCAAACUGUUGACCAAUUGGGAGAAGGAAAUGUACAAGAGAAAGAUUCCCUUCACUCAUGACUUGAAUGUCACCUCCAUGCUAGUGGACACAGCCACUAUUGGAGAGUGGAAUAUCCAGGGUUUGCCCAAUGAUGACCUGUCUGUACAGAACGGCAUCAUCACAACAAAGGCCACCCGCUACCCACUUCUGAUUGAUCCACAGGGGCAGGGCAAGAGCUGGAUCAAAAACAGGGAGAAAGAUCAUGACCUGCAGGUGACGUCCCUAAAUCACAAAUACUUCCGCAGUCAUUUGGAAGAUGCCCUCUCCUUGGGGCGACCUCUGUUGUUGGAGGAUGUGGAGGAAGACUUGGACCCUGCUCUUGACAAUGUUCUUGAGAAGAACUUUAUCAAAUCUGGAUCUACUUUCAAGGUGAAGGUUGGUGACAAGGAAGUAGAUGUGAUGAAAGGCUUCUACCUCUACGUCACCACAAAGCUCCCCAAUCCAUCCUACACUCCAGAAGUGAGUGCCAAAACCUCCAUCAUUGACUUCACUGUCACCAUGAAGGGUCUGGAGGACCAGCUGCUGGGUAGAGUUAUCCUCACUGAGAAAAGUGAGCUGGAAGCUGAGCGUGCGCAACUGUUGGUUGAUGUGACAGCCAACAAACGUAAGAUGCAGGAAUUGGAGGAUAACCUGCUGUACAAGCUGACCAGCACAAAGGGCUCUCUGGUAGAUGACGAGUCUCUCAUAGAGGUGCUGUCAGUCACCAAGAUCACAGCUGCUGAAGUCAGUGAAAAACUGACAGUGGCUGCAGAGACGGAAAUCAAAAUCAAUGAAGCUAGAGAAGAAUUCAGGCCAGUGGCCAACAGAGGAAGUAACCUGUACUUUCUGAUCUGUGACAUGAGUAUCAUCAACUGCAUGUACCAGAUCUCUCUCAACCAGUUCCUGGGCAUCUUUGACAUUUCAAUGGCCAGAUCUGAGAAAAGUCCAGUUCCAUCUAAGAGAAUUCACAUAAUCAUUAAUUACUUGACGUUUGAAGCCUUCCGUUACACAUGCCGAGGGUUGUAUGAGGAACACAAGUUCCUGUUCACGUUGUUGAUGACACUAAAGAUAGAUGUUCAGUAUGGCAAAGUGAGAAAUGAGGAGUUCCAGACUUUCAUCAAAGGUGGGGCUGCUCUGGAUCUUAAUGCUGUUCAACCAAAGCCCUGCAGGUGGAUAUCUGACAUGACAUGGCUAAAUCUGGUGCAGCUGAGCUUUCUUCAGCAGUUCUCUGAGAUUCUUAAUCAGGUUCCAAGGAAUGAGAAAGGGUGGAAAUCUUGGUUUGACUCUGACAAUCCCGAGGAAGAACAAAUGCCUGAUGGCUACAGCUCCUCACUAGAUGCAUUCCGCAAACUGAUGCUCAUCAGGUCGUGGUGUCCAGAUCGUACCAUUGCCCAAGCCAGGAAGUAUGUGAGUGAUUCAAUGGGAGCAAGGUAUGCUGAGUCUGUGAUACUGAACCUGGAGGCUACAUGGGGGGAGAGUGAACCUUCCGUCCCCCUCAUCUGCCUCCUUUCUAUGGGUUCAGAUCCAACCAACCAGAUCGAGCACCUGGCAAAGAAGCUGCAAGUUGAUUUCCGUGCCAUUUCUAUGGGACAGGGUCAAGAGGUUCAUGCCAGGAAGCUUGUCAAUCAGUUCAUGCAGAGUGGUGGCUGGGCACUGCUACAGAACUGUCACUUGGGACUGGGGUUUAUGGAGGAACUGAUCGACAUCCUGGCUGAGGCAACUCAGAUGCAUGAUCAGUUCCGUGUGUGGAUUACAACCGAGGUCCACCCUCACUUCCCCAUCAGCUUGUUACAGAUCUCGAUCAAGUUCACCAAUGAGCCUCCUCAGGGAAUUAAAGCUGGCUUGAAGAGAACCUAUGCUGGUAUCACUCAAGACUUCCUUGAUGUGUCUAGUCUCCCACAAUGGAGACCCAUUCUCUAUGGCGUGUCCUUCCUUCACACUGUUGUACAGGAAAGAAGGAAGUUUGGUCCACUGGGCUGGAACAUACCAUACGAGUUCAACACGGCUGACUGGACAGCUAGCGUGCAGUUUGUACAGAAUCAUCUGGAUGAUAUUGAUAUCAAAAAGGGUGUCUCAUGGACCACUCUACGCUAUAUGCUAGGAGAGGUGCAGUAUGGAGGCCGAGUCACAGAUGACUACGACAAGAGACUACUCAACACCUUCGCCAGAGUUUGGUUUGGCGACUGCAUGUUCCAAGCUGUGUUCCAGUUCUAUCAUGGCUACAAGAUCCCCUCCUUGCGAACUAUUGAUGAUAUCAUGGGCUUUAUAGAGAAUCUUCCCUUGGUAGACUCCCCUGAAGCUUUUGGUCUGCAUGGUAACGCUGACAUCACAUACCAAACCAACCUGGCCAACUCUGUCCUGGAGACAGUGAUGAGUAUCCAGCCAAAGGACACAGGAGGAGGAGGAGGAGAGACCAGGGAGAGUGUUGUGUACAAGCAGGCAGACGACAUGUUGGAAAAACUGCCUCGGGAUUAUAUUCCUCAUGAGGUAAAAGAGCGUCUGAAGAAGAUGGGCUUCCUGACUCCAUUAAUCAUCUUUCUGAGACAGGAAAUUGACCGUAUGCAGCGAGUCAUCAGAGAAGUGAGAACCACACUGACUGAUCUCAGGCUGGCUAUUGACGGAACCAUCAUCAUGAGUGAAAACCUGCGUGAUGCCCUGGACAACAUGUUCGAUGCGCGAGUUCCCAACUUGUGGAGGAAGAUCUCAUGGCAGUCCUCCACCCUGGGCUUCUGGUUCACAGAGAUGCUGGAGAGGAAUGACCAGUUCCAUCGGUGGGUGUUUGAGGGCAGGCCUGAUGUCUUCUGGAUGACUGGAUUCUUCAAUCCUCAAGGUUUCCUGACUGCAAUGCGACAGGAGGUGACCCGUGCUCACAAAGGAUGGGCUCUGGACUCUGUCACUCUGCAUAAUGAUGUGAUGAAGACCUCCAAGGAAGACAUAACAUCACCCCCUGCUGAGGGCGUGUAUGUGUUCGGCCUGUAUCUGGAUGGUGCUGGUUGGGACAGGAAGAACUGCCGUCUAUGUGAGUCAACUGCCAAGGUGCUGUUCACUUCACUGCCUGUGGUACACAUGUUUGCCAUCAACUCUACAGCUCCCAAGGACCCACGACUCUAUCAGUGUCCAGUCUACAAGAAGCCCCACAGAACAGAUCUCACAUACAUAACCUUCAUAGUCCUCAAGACCACCCCGAGUCCAGAUCACUGGAUUCUUCGGGGUGUAGCUGCACUCUGUGACAUCAAGUAGAAGUGUCUAUUAAAAUCAGAUCCACGGUUUAUUAUUUUGGUAACCCUGUGUUCAAGAUAUAAAAUUGUAUGGAUCUUAUUCUUUGUAUGGUAUUCGUUAUCCAUACAGAGGAAGUCUUAACUGGUUGUACAAAACUUACAAUAACAGUAAUCUCUAAGAUUUAAUAUAACAGUUUAUAAAAUGCCUACAUGAACUGUAAUUUAUAUAUAUAUACUGUGGUAUUGCUUGUUUUCAAAAGUGUACACCUUUAAUCGUUGGAUAUUAUUCUAUUACAAAAAUGUACUGUUAUAUAUUAUUCUGUUAAGGAUUUAUUUAUUUAAUGGUGCGUUAUUGUUCUCAUUGUUGAUGUUUUGUUGUCUGUUUUACAUGAGAAUAAAUUUGCUGCAUUCAAAUUGA